AUGACGGAAGCGAGGUUGGGAGUGCCAACCGUCUGCGUGCGCGAGUUUCAUGGCCAUCAAGGACUUGUCAAUGCCAUCCGCUUUAAUUCCAAAGGAACAUACGUCAUGACCUGCAGUCAGGACAAAACCGUAAAGCUUUGGAAUCCACACAGGGACGAUGUGGAAAAGCCUCAUGAGGCGCUACUGGUGAAGACGUACGAGGGACGACAUGGAUACGAUGUACGAGACGUCGCAAUAGCUCACGACAACUCCAAGUUUGCUUCGUGUGGUCGGGACAGAGCCGUCUUUAUGUGGGACGUGCCAACUGCUCAAGUGAUUCGCAAGUUUGAAGGACAUGAGCAUAGCGUGAAUUGUGUUUGCUACAAUGCAGAUUCAUCCGUGCUACUCAGUGGUUCCUAUGAUAAAACCGUCCGAGCUUGGGAUAUCAGAGCUCGAAAUGCGUACAUGCCGAUUCAAGUUUUGGAUGACUUUAGAGACAGCGUCACCUCGAUGGUAAUUACUGACCACGAGAUUAUCGCGGGGUGUGUUGAUGGCGCAGUACGGACAUACGACCUGCGAGUCGGGCAGCUCUUUCGCGAGCAUAUCGAUGAACCCGUCGUGUCAGUCGCGAAUUCUCCUGACGCACGUUUUGUCUUGGCUGGAUGUUUGGACGGCUCUAUCAGACUCAUCGAGAAAAAGAACGGGACCGAAGUGAAGAGCUAUCGUGGACAUAGUGUCGAAGAUUACAAGAUUGAGUGCAACUUUUCUAGCGACGGCGCCUUUGUGCUCAGCGGUUCCGAGGACGGCAAAGUUUACUGGUGGGACCUCGUUGAUGCCAAACAAAUGCACUCAUUUGUUGCACACAAGAAACCAGUGCGAGCUUUUGCGUGCCAUCCUGAGACCAGCAUGUUUGCCACAGGCUGCAUCGAUGGGUCUGCAAAAGUUUGGUCAAACAGUUGA